GGGGGCAAAGCAAAAUAAAUAAAUGUUGAGAACAAGAAAAAUAUCUCAAAAAUCAAAGAUUCCAAAGUAAAAACCCCUGCUAAAAGUAGAGAAAAUUCUAAAUCUCCCGAUCGCAAUUCAAAAAACUUGAUAAAGUCUCCCUCACGAGUGGUCUCACAAAGUGCAGCUAAGCAAAGUGUUGGCAGGCGAGGGGAAACAGGAUCAGUACGCACACGUUGGGGUAAGUCAGCUCGUGUCGGGGCAAUUAAACCCCCAGCUGUAGGCAUGAGGGGAAAUUACCGCUACACGUGUACCCUGAUGUACCCCCCUGAUGCCCCCACACCCACGGAAGGAUACGACUCUGGUCAUGAUUCAGGUGCUGCAACUCAGGGGAGUGCAACUCCCCUAGAAAAUAGUGAGGCAUGGAGGACUGGUCAGAACCUACAGCCCCAGCACCACCAUCAGCACCACCAUCAGCAUCACCAGCACCACCAGCAUCACCAUCCAGCAGCAAAUAGUGGGUCCUUAGGCACCAACCCUUCCUUGGGUGAAUCCUCUGGAUAUGAGAGCAUCCCCCGAGACUCUGAGUGUUCCUCAUUUAGUUCCUCCCAGGAUUCUGAGAUGGAUGAAGAACAUAGACGAGAUGCUCAGGCCCAGUCUCAAGCUCUCCAGCAACAGCAGCCUCAGCCUAAGCCUCAGGCAACAGAUGAUUUAUCAAAAGUUCAAGUUGAGGAAUGGUCAGAGGAGGAUGUGAAGAGAUACGAAGGCCGCCCAAGAGCAGCAGACAUACCUCAGUUGAGGGCGUCACGUCAGCAAAUUCUAUCUCUUAAAACUAUCCAGAGAGCCCUAAAAGCUGACUUAGCUCAGGCUAAAGGGAAUUUGAAUGUUCCUUCAGAUUCCUGGAGCUACGAACUACACAUAAAGGAGGACUCGCCGAUGGAUCAUCGCACCUUUGUGGAAGCGCUUGCGAGGGAGACGGUUAUCUUGCAGAAGCGCGUUGCAGCCGCCCGGAGUCGUGUCCUUGUUGUUACAGCUUUUCUGCCUAGACAGCGACGUGAAACUCUGAUCAACUGACAUUGGGGGCUGUGGAAACGCAACGUGUUUUAUUCCUGUGUUAUUUAACCAUCUCAAUUCAAACAUUUUCAAGUUGGUCUUGAUAUCUUUUGCAAUCCAAGAAAAAAUUUCUUCAGGAAAUGUAUUUGAAUAUUUGUCCCUUUGCCAUUAGUGUAAUUUGCAUCUUAAAAUAUAUUUGUGUGAUUAUCUAUAAAAGCAAUUAUGAUUAUUGCAUUUAAUCUGUCCAGCUCAGGUCCUAGGUCUGUAUCUUUGUUCUGUACAUGUGCUAAGGAUCAAGGAAGAUAUUUACAAAAAAAAUUGGGAAAUAUAUAAAACCCCUGUAUUAUUCUAUGCCCAUGAUCUCAUUUGCAAUAAUAAUAAUAAUUCUACGAAAUGGGUUUCAUAUGAAAAUGAGAUUUUUGACUCGGUUUCCAGAUAAUAUUGCCUUCAAAGAAUUUUACUUAUCAGGCAUCAGCAAAUUCAUAACUGCCAAGCUGUGUAUAUCUAUAAAAGCAAGCUUCUAGCCUUGGACAUAUUGACAUGUGACUAUUUUGUAAUUAUAGACAGUUUGACUUUAUUUCAUGACAUUUAUCAAACAACUUUUUGUAUUCUUUUUACCAACAACACAGUCCCAAUUGAUGUACUUUGUGGCAAUAGUGAAGAAAACAACGCCAUAGGGUAAACAAUGUGAAAUUGAUCAUGGAUCACUUUUAUUCAAUGGAAAAUGGGGUUGCACUAUUUACAUUACCAUUAAUUUAGGCAAUUUAUUUUUGCCAUUGUAAACCUUAUAAAAUAGUUAGUCCUUAUUCCAUAUAAUAUAUAAUAUAAAUGGAUUUAGUGAUUCCAUUUUUCAAUUUAUUGGUGAUCUAUGAGCAAUUUGGUUAUUGUUUAGUCUAAGUCAAUAGCCUAGCUUCUUGGUGAAUGUGAUUCUUAUUGUAUAUUUGUGAGCAAUUGUUUCCUGCAUACAGGUGAUUAUGCAGGAUUAUCUCAGUUGCAUAAUGUGUGAUUUACUUGAAUCAAAUGCACAGAAUACACAGUAAUAUAUAUUGAAUGUACAUUGGUAGAUAGUUAAUUUACAUAGUGAGGUUUGUCCACAAACAGAAAUUACAGAGAGGUAUGUAUGAACUGUAUCUCUUUUCUAUAUUUAUAAAGGUGGUCUUUUGCCAGCAUAGUCAUGUAUUGUGUAAAAUAAAAAUGAUUGUUUAGUUA